GGUACAUACUAUGCCACCUACAUGUAGGUAAACAACAAGUGCCUGAGAAUAUCCGUAUCCCCAAGUCCCAAGUGUUAGAAAUGGGAUUCGAUGCCCUAUCAAGGCUAAAAAGCGCUCGAGUAGCCACAGGAGAGUACCUCAAAGAAAAAUGGGAACAUAGAAAAUCACGGAGUUCUUCGGAGAUAGAGGAGGAUGUAGUCAAAGCCGAAGAAGAACGUCGUCGCCGGGAAAAGAACGAAUUUCUCAACCUGGUUUUGGCGAAGAUUACUGAGGAGUCAGCUAUCGGGAUGCCGCCGUUACAAUGGGAUCCGAUUACGCCUCAUAGGGCUGUCUUCUUAAUCACCACGCUUAUCGAGUUCGGCAGAUUUGAACUGUCCAAAAAUACGUACAAGUUGCUUGCUAAACAUGUCGGUAUGAGCCAAAAUAGUGUUAGCCACUGGGCAUUAUGCGUGAUUGACCGCCGCUUCAACCCUUCUUACUGUUACGACUUGAUGAGUGAUCAGAUGGCACUUAACGCUAUUGGCAAAAGCUACUUCCGGGUAACUGAGAUUACCCCAGAAUACAUCCAAACAUGGAGCUCAUGUUAUUAUAUCGGGGAGACGACAAAAUCUCAUGAAGAGAUACAAAGAAUAGGAGCCAAUCACAUGUCGACUCACCCGCGCUACAACCUCUUAACAAGCAAUUGUCAGGACAUGGCAGAAAGUCUUGUAAGAGAGUUAUGCGACGGCAGGAUAAUCAGUCAAGCCAAACUAAGCGAAGAAAUAUCUUUGGUGUCCCCGAAGAUAGCCUUAGACUUGAUGGUAGCGCGGUUAAGGUCCAAGAUAGAAGUUUUAGAUGAGCAUGAGGAUAGUGAUACUGUGAAAGAAGAUGUGGAUACUAUCAAAGGGCUAUGGCGUAAAGUCCAUCGAUGAUCAAUACUGAUAUUUUACCAUAACGGUCAGGAAGAUAGGGAUAAUAUACAUAUCGUACGUACUUAAUGCAUAG